CUUCACCCAGUUGCAUUGCUGGCCACAACAAGCAAGCAUCAAUCGGGCAGAACAACAGUUGUGUUGACGAGUAUCAACAGGUGUGUGACAACAAGAACUCCUGAAACGAUCCUUCGAACUUGUACCCCGCAACCAUCCCAAGAGGCUCAUUAAUCUACUCUAGCAAACCACAAGCGACGAAUCGAAUCGACAACAACAUGCCACCGCUCGCCAAGACUUUUGAAUUGCAGUCCGGUCUCGACAAUAAUCCUCAUGUGGGUUCAACAUGGAGUAGCUAUUCCAAGCCACCGCCGCUGAUAGCCUCAACGUCCACUGGCAGCAAUAGUACUAGCACAACUGUCAGUAGCUCUACUACGAGUGCAAGCAACCAGUCUCUGGGCAGCAGCAGUAGCCACUCUGCGAGUAGAGGUCGAAAAUCCGCCUCACUUUCGGCAUAUCACGCCGUCAAGUCCUCGCUGCGAGCCAUUGUCAUGUUCCUCGAGGCGAGUGGUGUCGCCACUGCCAGUGUGGAGGAAUUGGCCGACAUGAUUUCCCAAAAACAAUUCCUGCAAGUCAUGGACCGAGCCGAAGAAUACGUCGAAUUGCUCUUGUCGCUAAGCAAUGCUGACAAUCAACACGAUGUUAUUUAUUUGGAUGCCUUGACCAUGCUCUUUGCAGCGGCAUGGAACAAACUGGUCGAGUACACUGGCACCAAUUACCAAAAGGCACGAAAGGAAUUUGCCAGACAUGAAAAUGAACAAUGGCAAGACUUUAUCGGACAUCAACGACUCAGCGAACAAGCACAAGACGCCAGAAACCAGAGACGAAUGCUGCAAUGGGAUCCACAACAGCGACAAAAACUGAUUGAUAGUCUCAAUUACUGGACCAGAGCCAAAAUUGAUGCGGAAAAGGGUAAAAUUCUCAAUCAGGAAUGGACAAGAAUCAUGCAACGACAAAGGCAAUCCACAACUCCAAAACAACAACAAAAGCCAUCCUCAUAG